AUGGCAUCUCAAUCACUCCCAAAGACAAUGAAGGGUGUCAUCAUCGAGAAGACGGGCGGUACUGAGGUUCUGCAAUACAAAACAGACCUCUCAGUGCCUGAGCCCAAGGACGGUCAAGUUCUGGUCAAGAAUGACUAUGUCGGAAUCAACUACAUUGACACCUAUUUCCGCACUGGCUUGUAUCCUGCUCCCAGCUACCCUUACAUGCUUGGAAGAGAGGCAGAGGGUACAAUCGUCGCGACCGGUCCCGACACACCUCAUGGUUUCAAGACUGGUGACCGUAUCGUUUACUUGUCCGAGGCAACCUACGCCGAAUAUACUGCAGCUCCCGCAGCCAAGGCUAUCAAGAUCCCUUCUGGCAUUGAACCUACCGUAGCCUCUGCCGCGCUUCUCCAGGGUCUUACUGCUUUGACCCUGAUCCGAGAGGCUUACCGUGUGCAAAAGGGUGACUGGAUCCUGGUUCAUGCUGCUGCAGGAGGAGUCGGCUUGUGGUUGUGUCAGUUGCUCGCCGCUGUUGGCGCAAGAACCAUUGCAACAGCGAGCACAUUGGAGAAGCUGGAGCUGGCCAAGAAGGCUGGUGCCCAAGUCCUUAUAAAUUACAGCCACGAGGAUGUCAAGGCAAAGGUUGACGAGGUCACCAACAAACAAGGUGUCGCAGCAGUCUUCGAUGGUGUCGGCAAGGCGACAUUCGACCUUAGCCUGGAUUGUCUUGCUCGCAAGGGAACCAUGGCCAGCUUUGGCAAUGCCAGUGGUGCUGUGCCACCUCUUGCAAUCGCGCGUCUUGGAGCCAAGAACGCAAAAGUGCUCCGUCCAACACUGUUCAACUACAUUGCGACGAGGGAGGAAUUCGAACAGUACACCAAUGAGCUCUUCGAUUUCAUCGUCAAGAACAAGAUGGACGUCCGAAUCCACAAGGUGUACGACCUUGAGAAUGUCGCAACUGCACACGAGGACAUCGAAGGCCGCAAGACCACGGGAAAGCUGCUGUUGAAGCCAUGA